UCUGAAGCUUGGCAGUGUGUACCUGUACCGGGUUAUCACCAUUUCAGGAACUGAAGAAAGCGAGCCAUCACCUGCUGCCAAAUACAUCCAUGGAAGUGGAUACUGUGGUGAUGGUAUUAUACAGAAAGGUCAAGGUGAAGAAUGUGAUGACAUGAAUAAGAUCAAUGGUGAUGGCUGCUCUCUCUUCUGCCAACAAGAAGUUUCCUUCAAUUGCAUUGAUGAACCCAGCCGGUGCUAUUUCCAUGAUGGGGAUGGGGUAUGCGAAGAGUUUGAACAAAAAACUAGUAUUAAAGACUGUGGUGUCUACACGCCCCAAGGGUUCCUGGAUCAGUGGGCCUCCAAUGCUUCUGUAUCCCAUCAAGACCAGCAGUGCCCAGGCUGGGUUGUUAUUGGACAGCCAGCAGCAUCCCAGGUGUGUAGAACCAAGGUGAUAGAUCUCAGUGAAGGCAUUUCCCAGCAUGCCUGGUACCCUUGCACCAUCAGUUAUCCAUAUUCCCAGCUGGCUCAAACCACUUUCUGGCUCCAGGCAUAUUUCUCUAAACCAAUGGUUGCUGCAGCUGUCAUUGUCCACUUGGUGACUGAUGGGACAUAUUAUGGGGACCAAAAGCAAGAGACCAUCAGCGUACAGCUGGUUGAUACCAAAAAUCAGAGCCACGAUCUAGGCCUCCAUGUCCUGAGCUGCAGGAACAAUCCCCUGAUUAUCCCUGUGGUCCAUGACCUCAGCCAGCCCUUCUACCACAGCCAGGCGGUACGUGUGAGCUUCAGUUCGCCUCUGGUCGCCAUCUCGGGGGUGGCCCUCCGCUCCUUCGACAACUUUGACCCCAUCACCCUGAGCAGCUGCCAGAGAGGAGAGACCUACAGCCCUGCCGAGCAGAGCUGUGUGCACUUUGCCUGUGAGGCCACAGGCUGUCCAGAGCUGGUCGUGGAGAAUGCUUCUCUCAAUUGCUCCAGCAGUGACCGCUACCAUGGUGCCCAGUGCACUGUGAGCUGCCAGACGGGAUAUGUGCUGCAAAUACAGCGGGAUGAUGAGCUGAUCAAGAGACAGAUGGGACCCAGCAUCACAGUGACCUGCACAGAGGGCAAAUGGAACAAGCAGGUGGCAUGUGAGCCAGUGGACUGUGGCAUCCCAGACCACCAUCAUGUCUAUGCUGCCUCUUUCUCCUGCCUGGAGGGCACCACCUUUGGCAGCAAAUGUUCCUUUCAGUGCCGCCACCCUGCACAGCUGAAAGGCAACAACAGUCUCCUGACCUGUAUGGAAGAUGGGCUGUGGUCCUUCCCAGAGGCCCUGUGCGAACUUAUGUGCCUUGCUCCACCACCAGUCCCCAAUGCAGACCUCCAGACUGCCCGGUGUCGAGAGAACAAGCACAAGGUGGGCUCCUUCUGCAAGUACAAGUGCAAACCUGGAUACCAUGUACUUGGCUCCUCCCGGAAGUCAAAGAAACGGGCCUUCAAGACUCAGUGUACCCAAGAUGGCAGCUGGCAGGAGGGAGCUUGUGUUCCUGUGACCUGUGACCCACCUCCGCCCAAAUUCCAUGGGCUCUACCAGUGCACUAAUGACUUCCAGUUCAACAGCGAGUGUAGAAUCAAGUGUGAAGACAGUGACACCUCCCAGGGACCCGGGAGCAACAUCAUCCACUGCCGAAAAGAUGGUAACUGGAGUGGCUCCUUCCAUGUCUGCCCGGAAAUGCAAGGCCAAUGUUCGGCCCCAAACCAGCUCAACAGCAACCUCAAACUGCAGUGUCCCGAUGGCUACGCCAUAGGGUCAGAGUGUGCCACCUCGUGCCUGGACCACAACAGCGAGUCCAUCAUCCUGCCAGUAAACGUGACUGUGCGUGACAUCCCUCACUGGAUGAACCCCACAAGAGUGGAGAGAAUUGUCUGCACUGCUGGUCUCAAGUGGUAUCCUCACCCUGCUGUGAUUCAUUGUGUCAAAGGCUGUGAGCCCUUCAUGGGAGACAAUUACUGUGAUGCCAUCAACAACCGAGCCUUCUGCAACUAUGAUGGUGGGGAUUGCUGCACCUCCACGGUGAAGACCAAAAAGGUAACCCCCUUCCCUAUGUCCUGUGACCUACAAGAUGACUGUGCUUGUCGGGACCCUGAAGCCCAAGAACACAACCGGAAAGACCUCCGGGAAUACAGCCAUGGUUAAGGCAGGACAAGGAGUUGUCAAAGAAUUCCCAGUGGCAGGACCCGCAUCCCUUUGGUAUUGUUUUCACAGUCCGCUGCUCAAUGGAAUGACCUCUCCACACCAGGGAUAGUUAGCACCCAACCGUUCUGCCUUUAAUUUCACCCAGGAAGGACCCAUGGUGAGGCAAAUAACAAAGUCUUGCCAUGUAGAAUGAUGGAAUGGAAUCCCAUCUCAAAGUCUGAGAUGGAUUGCAUAUACAGUGUGCAGUUCCAGAGCCUCCUACAAUUCUAAUCAUUUGUCAUAUGACCACAACAAAAACGUGUUCUGCAUCCAGGAGUAUGCACAUCUGUGGUUAGUACACAUGCAUGCAUACACACCCAUACAAAAAUAUCUGUGUGAGGGCAGUUCUGGAGACUGAGCAGAAAGACUGGAACAAACUUAUCCUUUCCUUUCCCAGGCUCCUAGCCAACAUUGUCCUUGGGAGAAAGAGAGUUAUAAAAGCUGCUAAGACCAAGUACUGAGAUGCCAAGAUAACUCACACUCCGAGGCUCUGAAUAUAUAGGCUGUGCACUAUUGUGCAGUCCUUUGGGACUGGAAGUGAAAUGGUCUUUGAUCACCAAACCUUCUAGGGAAUUAGGGCCCAGGAAGAGAUAAAGAUUUCCAAGGAAUGCAAAACUCCCCCAAAUUCUUCUGCUGCCAUGGGGAUUUUACCCCAACACCAGGGUUCGAGGCCAAGCUGGAAAUGGCUUAGGACUUCAAAGUCAAGGUAUUAUACCAGCCCCCUGCUUGAGGCUUGAGGUCAUAACAUUCCUCCAGAUCCCACCAUUCCCCAGUUCUUGCCUUGGGACCACAUUUGCUGCUACUUUUCCUGCUGCUCUAUCGUAUACAUUGAGUACCCCAAGAUGGUAGAACUAGGUUAGGAAAACCCCACACAACCAAACAGUCUGCCUUAAAAGCGACUCAUAUUUUCCCACAGUUCCUCACUUCAUAGCCCUUCUGUAAGAGAAAAACCCUCAUGGGCCCACAUGGUGAGAGGUUAAGUCUCCUGGGAGUGGAAGAGACCUCAGAUGCUGGAGCCCUUCCUAAGAGUCCAGAAUGGCUAAACCAGUGUUAGAUUUUGUAAUCAAGUGAAACAGUGUUACAUUUCUGGGAUGUUGCAGCCAUCCAGAGGCUGAUGGAGUUGUCCAGACUCUUGAGUUAUUAUCCUUAACCUAAAUACCCUAGCCCUCCAGGCUAGAGUGGACUUUGGCCAACCUCGCUGUUACUUUGAGUAGAUGUGAUUCUGGAACAGAGAACCAUCUCGAGUAUGAUCAGUGUGGACUGUGUUCUAGACGGUCAUCAGAAGGAAGCUUAAGAGAUCACAGCCUCAGUACCCAACAUGGUCAUCACAUUUUCCAUUAAAUGUUCCAGCCACCUUUCUACACUUGUAGCUGGACGACUCUUCUCUCUCUCCCAUAUUCAGUCUCCAAAAGUUAAGAGCAAAGUAGUCAAUUGUACAUGGAAGUUCCCACCUCUUUUAGGGCCUCUUUUAAUUCAGUUUCCUGUCCACUCCCAUUGAAUUAAUAAGGAAAGAGACUAAUAGGAUGAGGUGGAGGGAGCAGUUAAGUUUGACAUAUUUUUUGAACCCUGGAGUUGGGAGGAAAGGAGAUAGGACGAUCUAAGCUAGUUAUAUCACAUAAAUAUGAGUGGAAAUCAACUGGUCUCAAAUCUAGUGAAGGCAACCAGUAAAAGCAAAAUCUAGGACAGAAAUGGAAAAUACCAGACACAUACACAGCCCCUUUUAAUUCCUGCAUCCAAGGCAGGCACUAUUAAUCUUACUAGGACCAAAAA